AUGGUCAGGCUGGAGGGUCGGUGGGCGUCGGCUGGCUCAACGGAACCCAAUGUUGGCAUUUACUCCAUUGCAGGAGAGAAGGCGCAUGACCCUCUAUGGAAAAACCAGGAUGCUGGUCUUGUCAUCGCACCGUUCGACCGGAGGGAGGGCCAAGCUCUAUUUGCUAUUUUUGAUGGUCACGGGAAGAACGGGGGGCAAGCAUCUCGCGAGUGCAUGGAACGCCUGCCCAAGCACCUGGCGUCUGCUUCUUCUCAAUCUGGGAGUCCCGCGUCGGCGCUCCGGCGAAGCUGCCAACGUUUGCAUCACGAUCUCGCCACCGGGGUUGCCGGCGACUGCGGUCGUAGCGGGACGACUCUGUGCGCGGCAGUCCUCGCGGGGCGACGGCUCACGGUCGCGAACGUCGGAGAUUCCGGCUGCUUGCGCCUAUCACGCAGUACCGCUGCCGCAAGCAGCGGCUCUUCUGCCUCGCCCAGCGCCGCCGCCGCCGCUAUUCCCGGCAAAGCCGCGCUUGCCAGUGAUCGUGGCACGCCUGAUGUCGUAGACAAAGCCGGGGGCGCAAGGGGCGGCGGCACGAGCAACAGGAGGAGGUUGAGAACAGCGGAGAAGUUAAUUGCGGGUGCGGCUGCUGGUGAAGAAGCGGCACCUGGAGGAGGCAGUCGGGGCGGGGGGCUGGUCACGGAGCGGCUGUCGCGCGACCACAAACCGGAGAGCAAGGGCGAGCUGGAGAGGAUCCGGGCCGCCGGCGGGAUUGUUUUCCCUCUCCCCAGGAGUGGCAGUGGCGGCGGUUCGGGGGCAGGUGGUGUCACCGGAGGGGCUCCGCCAACGGCGGAAGGCUCGAAGAAAGGGUUAAAAACGGCAGCAAGAGGGAUUGCGGCGGGGAUCCCGAGGGUGUGGACCGCAAGCGGCGACGGUCCUGGGCUGGCGAUGAGCAGGUCCAUUGGCGACAAGAUGGCCCACAGCGUGGGCGUGACUUACGAACCCGAGAUAACCGAGUUCGACCUAGACAAACGGAGCGACGUGAUGCUCGUUUUCGCCUCCGACGGGGUUUGGGAUGUUUUGAGCGCGGAAGACAUCCGUAAGGUGCGGGCGUUCAAACCCCUGAGAGUACGCCGAAAUGUGUUCAACGAGGUGCUUUUAUUAUUUGUUUCUCAGAGGGGAAAACGUUACAGGUUGCAACAUGAAUCCCGAUGCACGCACAGAUCGAAACAUGGAUCGAUUCACGGCGGAUCCGGAGGAUAA